AUGACUGUGGUAUCCCAAGAGAACUACGACGAGACUGUGGCCAUUACUCCUUUGUUGCAAGAUGUUCCUGACGUGGAGCCAGUGGACCAGGAACGCAGCGAAAGGGUGGUCAUCAACAUCUCAGGUCUGCGCUUUGAGACGCAAUUAAAGACCCUCUCCCGCUUCCCGACCACGCUUUUGGGAGAUCCAUGUAAACGGAUGCGCUUCUUUGACCCACUGAGAAAUGAGUACUUUUUUGACAGGAACAGGCCGAGCUUUGAUGGCAUCCUCUAUUAUUACCAGUCAGGGGGUCGGCUUCGGAGGCCUGUGAGUGUACCUGUGGAUAUUUUCCUGGAAGAAAUAAAGUUUUAUGAACUUGAUGAAGAAGCCAUAGAGCUUUUCCGAGAAGAUGAAGGCUUGUCAAGAGAAGAGGACCGCCCGCUGCCUACCAACGAAUUUCAGCGACAGUUAUGGCUCCUGUUUGAGUAUCCAGAGAGUUCAGGACCUGCACGGAUAAUUGCCAUUGUGUCAGUUAUGGUUAUUUUGAUAUCCAUUGUUAUAUUCUGCUUGGAGACAUUACCUGAAUUUAGAGAAGUUCCCAUAGUGCACAACAACAACGGAAGUGCACAGGGCAAAGCGAUCAGCCCCUUCACAGAUCCAUUUUUCAUAGUGGAGACACUUUGCAUCGUGUGGUUCUCAUUUGAAUUCACUAUGAGGUUUCUUUCCUGUCCUAGCAAAGCAGUUUUCUUUAAAAACAUUAUGAACCUGAUUGAUGUUGUGGCUAUAGCUCCAUAUUUUAUCACUCUGGGCCUAGAUCUUGCGGAGCAUCAAGGCAGCAGUCAGCAGGCUGCCUCUUUGGCCAUACUGAGGGUCAUUCGUCUGGUCCGUGUCUUUAGGAUUUUUAAACUCUCCAGACACUCCAAGGGUCUCCAGAUUCUUGGCCAAACACUUCAUGCAAGCCUCAGGGAGCUGGGACUGCUCAUAUUCUUUCUGAUAAUUGGAGUGAUUUUAUUUUCCAGUUCGGUUUAUUUUGCAGAAGCUGAAGACCCUGAGUCUGUAUUUACAAGUAUUCCUGAUGCCUUUUGGUGGGCUGUGGUGACAAUGACCACAGUUGGUUAUGGAGACAUGUGCCCCUCCACCAUUGGAGGGAAGUUCAUUGGAUCUUUGUGCGCCAUCGCCGGAGUACUCACCAUAGCAUUACCUGUUCCUGUAAUCGUGUCCAAUUUCAAUUAUUUCUACCACAGAGAGAACGACGACGAUGAAAACCUUCAAUAUGUACACGUGACUUGUGGGCAGCAACCACAACACUCCCGUGUUGAAAGUGAUUCAAACAAAAGUAAUCAGUCGCUGUCCAAAGCAGGGUCCUAUCAGGAAAGCGACGACUUGGAAACUUUAGCAUGUCCAAACAUAAACCCACUGGAGAAAUACACGGGGAAACUGACAAAUGUAUGA